CUCUUUGUCUGGACCUGAUGACUAUGGCAUCCAGUCAACGUUCUCUCUCUUUCUUCAUCCAUUUUUUAUUUUAUUUUUUAUAAUUGCUUGCUGGUAGCACUUCUUUCUCUUAUUAAUCAAUUUUCUUUUCUUUUCUUCUUUUCUUUUUUCAUUUUUUGUUCCUCCCUCAUCCUUCAACUCAACUACAUCUUCUUCUUCUUCUUCUUCUUCUCCUGCAAUUCCAACUCUUCAUCAUGGCACACCAACAAUUGCAUCACGCUUUCAACUUUGAUUCAAGGGUUUUUGUUUAAUUCUCAAACUAAAACUAGGUUUUUUUUUACUCAGAGAUCCUUCACCGCUUCUUACAGACAGAUAUAUGAUGGCUGCAAGCUGGGAUGGAAGUAAUGACCCUGGCAGCCAGUCGGAUGAUAGCUUUCAUUUUGAGAGGUUGCACAUUGAGCCUAUUUACGACGCCUUUGUGUGUCCGCUGACGAAGCAAGUUAUGCGUGAUCCUGUUACUUUAGAAAAUGGACAGACUUAUGAACGUGAAGCAAUUGAAAAAUGGUUCAGGGAAUGCAAGGAGAGUGGGCGGAAACUGGUUUGCCCUUUGACCCUGCACGAAUUAAAAAGCACAGAACUGAAUCCAAGUAUGGCUUUGCGUAACACCAUUGAAGAGUGGAUUGCCAGGAAUGAAGCUGCACAGCUGGAUAUGGCUCGCCGUUCAUUGAAUACGGGGAGUCCGGAAAUUGAAACUCUCCAGGCAUUAAAGUAUGUCCAGCACGUCUGUCAAAGAAGUCGGUCAAAUAAGCACAUGGUCCGCAGUGCAGGGCUUGUACCAAUGAUUGUUGACAUGCUGAAGAGUAGCAGCCGUAAGAUUCGUUGUAGAGCUUUGGAAACCCUUAGAAUUGUGGUAGAGGAAGAUGAUGAGAAUAAGGAAAUAUUGGCCGAAGGGGACACUGUUCGUACGGUAGUUAAAUUCCUUUCUCAUGAGCUUUCUAAAGAAAGAGAGGAGGCUGUCUCCUUGCUUUACGAGCUCUCAAAAUCUGAAACCCUUUGUGAGAAGAUUGGUUCAAUCAAUGGAUCUAUUCUUAUAUUGGUUGGAAUGACAAGCAGCAAAUCAGAAGACCUUUCCACUGUUCAGAAGGCUGAUAAAACAUUAGAGAAUCUGGAGAAGUGUGAGAAUAAUGUGCGGCAGAUGGCUGAAAAUGGUAGAUUGCAGCCUCUUCUGACCCAUCUUCUUGAAGGUUCACCAGAAACUAAACUCUCCAUGGCUGGAUACCUUGGUGAUCUCGUUUUGAACAACGAUGUCAAAGUCUUUGUUGCUAAAACUGUAGGUUCAUCUCUAAUCAAUAUAAUGAAAAGUGGUAAUAUGCAGUCAAGAGAAGCUGCACUGAAGGCACUAAAUCAGAUAUCAUGUGAGCCAAGCGCAAAGGUUUUAAUAGAAGCCGGCAUCCUUUCCCCUCUUGUCAAGGACCUGUUUGCAGUGGGUCAUAAUCAGCUUCCAACACGCUUAAAGGAGGUCUCUGCUACAAUUCUUGCCAAUGUUGUGAACUCGGGUGAAGACUUUGAUUCCAUUCCAUUUGGAACUGAUGACCAAACUCUGGUCUCAGAGGAUAUAGUUCAUAAUCUCCUCCAUCUUAUAAGCAACACUGGUCCAGCAAUCGAGUGCAAACUUCUCCAAGUUCUUGUUGGACUUACCAGUUCUCCAACUACAGUCGUGGGUGUUGUUGCUGCAAUCAAAAGCUCUGGUGCCACUAUCAGUCUAGUUCAAUUCAUUGAGGCACCACAGAAAGAUCUGCGUGUAGCUUCCUUAAAACUUCUUCAGAAUUUGUCACCCCACAUGGGUCAGGAAUUAGCUGAUGCACUACGUGGCUCAGUUGGACAGCUUGGCACUCUAGUUAAAGUCAUAUCAGAAAAUACAGGAAUCACUGAGGAGCAGGCAGCGGCUGUUGGCCUUUUAGCAGAUCUUCCCGAGAGAGAUUUGGGUCUCACGAGACAGCUACUGGACGAAGAUGCCUUUUUGAUGGUCAUAUCUAGGGUGAUUGCCAUCAGGCAGGGAGAGAUCAGAGGCAGUCGCUUCCUGACACCGUUUCUUGAAGGGCUUGUGAAGAUUCUUGCAAGAGUUACAUAUGUCUUGGCUGAUGAGCCAGAUGCCGUUGCACUUUGCCGCAAUCACAAUCUCGCUGCCCUGUUUAUCGAACAGCUUCAAGCCAAUGGGCUUGAUAAUGUUCAGAUGGUUUCUGCUACAGCUUUAGAGAAUUUAUCGCAAGAAUCAAAAAAUUUAACCAGAAUGCCGGAGCUGCCACCGCCCAGUUUUUGUGCUUCAAUCUUUGCAUGCUUUGACAACAAGCCAGUCAUUACUGGAUUGUGUAAGAUCCACAGAGGGUUGUGCUCUUUAAAAGAAACAUUUUGCCUUUAUGAAGGGCAGGCAGUGCUCAAGUUAGUAGCUCUACUGGACCACACAAAUGUGACUGUGGUUGAGGCGGCGCUCGCAGCGUUAUCUACUUUGAUAGAUGAUGGGGUAGAUAUUGAGCAAGGAGUGUUGGUUUUGUGUGAAGCAGAGGCAGUGAGGCCUAUACUUGAUGUGUUACUUGAGAAAAGGUCAGAGAAUUUGAUGAGGAGGGCAGUUUGGGCAGCAGAGAGGCUAUUAAGAACAGAUGAUAUAGCCUAUGAAGUUUCGGGAGAUCAAAAUGUGAGUACUGCACUUGUGGAUGCUUUCCAGCAUGGUGAUUAUAGAACUAGACAGAUAGCUGAGAAAGCCCUAAAGCAUGUUGAUAAGAUACCCAACUUCUCAGGAAUCUUUCCAAACAUGGGAUGAAGGUAGAUGUUUCUCUGUCAAGUUAAUGACAACAAAAAUUUGUAUGUAACUUCUGUUGUUCCAAGCAGUUUUGGAUUGUAUCUAUGUAAUUUCUGUUGUUAUCGUUUUCUAUGCAUUUAUCCAACUUUAGUUGGAGGAGUUAUUAUUGUAUACAAAUUACCAUUCUUUCA